AAGGCAUUUUAAACGUCAUUGUCGUUGUCUGUACCGUGCUGCAGUACAAUCUGUUUUAUAGAACGCGCGCUUGUACACGCGAUCGUAAAAAAUCGGCAUAUGCGCCUAGCGUACGCGCACGUUUUCUAAUUAGUCGGUGUCUGGCACUGCAACGAGAGAUGUCGGCGAAUGAUUCUAACGAGCUGAACGCGGUGAUGACGACGUCCACGACGGCGGCGUCUGCGGGGGCUGCAAUGGCCACGACGGCCACGACGGCCACGACGGCUACGUCGGCCACAACGGCUAUGACGGCCACGACGGCGACCGAGCCAAUUAUAUUAACUCCUAAAACACUGCAAAAUAUUAUUAAAGCAGCUGUCGUGGCUGCAGUAGGAAGAGGAAGAGGGAGAGGGAGAGGAAGAGGCAGAGGAAGAGGAAGAGGCAGAAGCAGCGGCGAAGACAGAGGAAGAGGUAGAGAUGGUAGAAGGGGAAGAGGCAGAGGUGAAUGGAGAGGAAGAGGCAGAGGUGAAAGAAGGGGAAGAGGCAGAUAUACAUUUGGUAUCAACAUUUUUCUACACUAA